ACACACACACACACACCCCCCUCGUUGGUUAUUCUGGGAAAACACGUCCCAUUCGUUUAGUCUCGACCUCUCAGAUUUUUCAGAAUUUAAAGAAUCUGCUGCAAUUGUCUUAAAAGACGCCACUGGGUUUUGUGAAGUGCAUGCUUUGACAGGUCAAAAGGGAACCUACACCAAUAGAAAAAAUGGCUACAUCCACAGUGAUUGUGACACAACCGACUUCAACCGAAUGGAAAACAGGGCUUUUUGACUGUUGUUCAGACAUGGCCACUUGCUGCUUUGCGUUCUGGCUUUUCCCCUGCAUGCAAUGCCAGACAGCCGCCGCGCACGGCUGGUGUUUAUGCAUGCCUCUGCUGGACCCAUUUUCCUGCGGGGCUGUCUCCUGCUGCCUGGUCCAGUCCAUCCGUGAGAAAUAUAACAUUGUUGGUGGUUGUUGUAACGACUGCAUGAAAGUGUAUUUUUGCUACCCUUGUUUGUGGUGCCAGAUGUCCAGGGAACUGAAGAUCCGUAACAGGGCUCCCAACAACACUGUGAUAACCCAGCAGGUGACACGGUCCUAGGUCAGAAAAAAGUGAAGCCACAAACAGACACAUCCACGACUCCACAAAAACAUGUUUAUACUUUCAUGCUUGCUUGAGGUCUACUAUACCUGCAACACCAUGCAGUUAUUUUACCCUAAAGAUAAUGGCUUCAAACUCCUUUUGAUGAUCUGCUGAUUUGUACAGAGUCCUAUAGGCAGUAUUGCAACUCUGUCAAUACCAAUGUGUGCCUGGGAAGGCUGGUACACCGUGGCAGUACCUUGACAUAUUUUGGAGAAAUGUCAAGAUGUCAAGAUGUUGCUGAUUCUUCUGACAUGUUACAAGAUAAUUUGUCAACUAUAAUUUGUUUUCUCAGAGAGUUUUCUUCACCCUUCCUGCCUUGUUAUGUUGUAAUAUCCUAAAAUGGCAAUAUGAUGAAUUUUAACAUCCUUCCACAUAAAUGGGAUUUGUGUCAUAAAUUCA